CUUUUAUCACCGGUCCAGUUUUUAAACUUUUUAGCUUCUAGCGCUGUUAUACCGAUGGAGCCUCAACUAACAUAGUACACGUGAAGGCAACACAGCCAGACUUACCUCGCAACGGGUCAGUUUAAAAUAAGGAGAAACCGAAAGCAGCUGCAGACACUGUGUUGCAUCAUCGGCUUUCUGAUGCCAAGCCUCCUUCGCUCAAAAGACAUCCGCCGGCUGACCGCUUCAGCACAGCGCCACAGACCCGACAAGUCACCAAGCAACCGGCACACAUUAACUUGCACCACGGAGAUACAGCCUUCCCUCGUCAGUGGCCCGCACUGUUUGGGUUUUCAUUCAGAGUUUACUGCAAACUGCAGAGAGGCGCGCUGGUCGAUUUGCAUGGGUUCACCUGCGGGAACGCUGCACGGAUGAUCCGGGCCGGGUGAAGGUUCAUGCCGGUGGACGGUCUGACAGCCAGUCUGCUGCUGGGAGAGAAGAUGUCCCCGUUAUUCAUGGACACCGGGUACGAGCCCAACAGCCCCGGCUCGCUGUCAGCCGAGGGGAGCCACAGUACCACCGCUGGAUCGGAGAGAGAAGGAGACGGACAGCAGGCGGGGAAGACAGGGUCAAAAAGACAAGAGAAGAACCGAGACGCUGCGAGAAGGAGCCGGAGAAAACAAACGCAGAGAGCAGAUGAGCUUCAUGAGGAGCUCCAGUGUCUGGAGCGAUCGAAUUCAGCACUUCAAAAAGAGAUAGCCUCAUUGAAAAGAGACCUCCACCUCUACACGACGGCUCUGGAGCGCCACAAGCCUGUCUGCUGCCUCCGAGAUGCCGCAUCCAGCUCCAGCUUGACAACCCCCCUCUCGCUUUCCCCCUCAGCAGACUGUAAAGCCGCCUCCAGCCCUCCUGGCGUCCCUCCUCAGGCCUCAGCCUCCACUCAAGCUGCUGCCCCGUCACCCUCUACCUCCCUAACCUCCAGUGUCGGAAGCCCUCAUCUCUCAUCUUCGACUCCUGCUCCAACAACAGUAGCCUUAUCCGCCGACCCCUCUUCGGAAGUCUUCACUUCCUCCAGCUUGAUGACUGUUCCUUAUUCUGUCUCUUUCUCCACACCCCCGGCUGCCCACUCUUUGUUUAGCAAUGAUCCUCCUUCUCUAAUCACAUCAAUGCCAACAAACGUACCCUCCAGCUCUCUCUCCAGAGCUGCUCAGCCUCAGUCGAGGCAAGGCGCCAUCGAUGAAGGUUCACCGUCAGCAGACGCUUGUUUCUCGACACUUCAUCCUGGGGCACUGGACGCCUUUCUUAUGAAACAAGCCUCCUUUCUAACUGCCUCAUCUAAUGUAGUGCCCCAUUACUCCCAUGCAGUGGCAGAGAACACAGCUCUAGUAGCACAAGGUUUUCCAAUGACUGUGCCCCAGCUUCAUCCAGGUCACUUCAGGGGAAAUCAAGUCGAUUCCAGUUCACCACCGUCUCUUUUGACGCCAACUCUUCAAGAUCCUGCGCUUCAGUCCCUCUCAGUUUCCCUUCAUUCAAAGCCGGAGCCGGCUCCUGUCCCUGCUUUUUCCUCAAAGCCAAGUUAUACUCAACACGUUGGGCCUAAUCCUGUGUCUCUGCUUUCCAUGCUCACUGUCCCCAGUCCCCUUAAUGAGUCUCAGACUACCUCCGGCAGCUUUAAUGGCCCUCUCUCUCAACCCACGCCAUGGCUGCCACCAUUAGUGGAUCCCUCAAGAGAUCUCUCCCUCUCUGAGCUCUUAGAGGUCAACGACUGGAUACUGCAAUAAAUGGGAUUAAGUAAAAGCAGCACUACAUGCCACAUAGACAUUUAAUUUAUAUAAUUCAGUAUUUUGAGAAGUUUAUUCAAACUCUGGAGUUUUUUCAAUCAAGUGGGACCAGGUGAUACCAAAAGACAACAGAGACAUUUGACAAUUGAGAUCUUCUGAAAGAGCUCAACUGUAGCACCAACUGUGAAAUGCAAUGUUUUAUGAGACAUAGUUAUACAUCUGGCAUCUGCAUGGAAAACCUGACAUCAUAAAAUGAACCAAGGGCCAAAAAAACGCCUGGGCUGCUGCUCAUAUUCAGCUCUCUGCUUCUUAAAGGGAUACUCCAGUGGUUAAGUGGUGCAAAAUAGUGCAUUUAGAAUGCAAAGAUGAGGUUUCAGAGACUGGAGUCAGAUUUGUUUUUACUCCUUUACAGCUCCUAAAAUGGAUAACUUUGGGUAAAAGGUCAAAACUCAAUGAAUAUAAUACAACUACAAUAAAUGAGCUACUUUUAGAUGAAAUGUCAACAGACAACGCAAUAAAAGCAGUGCACAGUUUUUCUGCUUUUGAAUAAACUGCAGGUAGAAGUUAUGCCUUCCAUAAUCCAGAGACGAGAUACUGAAAAACUGAGUCAACAUUUGAAAUGUUGACAUGACUUUUAGACAGGGUGGAGUUCUCACUUCCUUCUAACUUCAAGGAAAUGUUAUUAGGAGAAAUUUCCAUCUGUGUCUAAUCCGAGUCGCGGUGUGAACAUAGGAAUUGGCUUAAGGAAGUUAACCACACAGCCUUGGCUUGGCUGCAUGAUACGGUCAUGUUGAUUCAACACCAGGAAACUUUUUUUAUUCCUUUUUUUUUCUUGUCUUUUUACCUCGUUCAAAACAGAUGAUCAAACACAUGCACUCUCCUCACAUAUUUUGCUGCUAUUGAUGUAUUGCCAUAUUGGAAUCCAAAAAAAAGUCAGAUUUUUAAAUUUGUCUUUUUAAAAGCUGCAGUUUGUGUUUCAACAUUUCCUAUAACAAAAUGGAUUAAUGUUAUUACUUCCUCACUUCAAAUAACAGAAUUGCGUCACUUCAAUUUAGUGUAAUUCUUCUUCUAUAUAAUUUGUUGUUCAUUUAAAAUCUUUUACCAGGCUUUGCUUGCAAGCGUUGAUGCACAACUAGAAAAUCCCAAACCCUCAGGGGCCCCAAAGCCCCCAGACUGAAUGUAUGUCUGUUGGUUUUAAAUUUCAUUAAUUGCAAAUAGUAAAUAGUUUGGGUCUCUGUAUUAAUUAUCUGUUUCAUCUACCUGUCUCAAGGUGCAUAUUACUGUUUGCGAACACGGCCAGUAGGGGCUCACAGCUCAUUUUUGCCCUGGGGCCCUCUAGUGGUUAAAUCCAGCCAUGAUUGCAUGGACCAUUUCUGUGCCAAAUCAUGAGCCUUUUCUGAAGCAGCACACUGACAGCAGGCCUGCAUUGGUCAUGAAGUGAGACAGAUAUAGUGGCCCACUACAAACCCUGUGGGUCAAACCUUAUGAUAAAAUAGUUGUAUAGUUAACAAUUAAUAAUGAAUUCCCUCAUUUUCCUCAUUUCAAGUGAGUCAAACAAGAAGAAUUUUUGGACUCCCUCUCUAUGUAACUGACAUAAGAUGGGCCUGCUCACACCAGUCGGUAUUACUGCUGUAAGGAAGUUAAGGGUGGAUUGUAAUUUGUUUAUAAAAAACUUAAAAUGACGAUUUUGGUUUUUCAGAGGAUGAUUUACAUGGAUUUACAUGGAUUACUCUGCUUUAGAUACACUUUAUCGAUAGAUAUAUAGGAAAUACAUGAGAGUUUACGCCAUACAGAGGUUUAUGAUUUAGUGUGAGGCUUUGUGUGUGUGAGUUAGGACUAUUUUGUAUUUAUCAUGCAUUGGAUUAAUAUAUUUAUGCUGUAAUUCUGGUUGCAAUAGAACAGCUAAUUAAAAAUAAAACAUUUUAUUGAAACUG